AUGAGCAGUGACCACACAAACCCACCGGGACUGGUCGUCUCCACCACCGAACCCAUCCUUUCAUUCCUCACCUCUGCCUCCACAGACCCACACCUCUCUCAGGAACUCCAGAAAAUCGCUUCCAAUCUCUCCUCCAAACCUAAUGUUCCGUACAAGUCUCUCCGAGCUCUCUGGCUCGCGUCCAAUGCCUCCACCAGGCCCCAGUUGGUCCAACUCUUCUCCGGAUCCGAGUUCGUCCUCACCAGCCCCAAACCCAGAGAAAAGAGUGAGGAGCUGAAGGCUAGACUUCAGAAGCUGGCUGAAAUUCUGGAGAGGAAUGCAUAUGCAGAACUUGUGAAGGAUAUUACACCUAAGAAAGAGACCAAUGAGCCUUUCUCUUCUUACAAGGAUCAAUUGGGCUUUGGUUUACAUGUUGUGGUGACUAUGUUCACUGGCUAUUUGGUAGGAUAUGCUGCAUUCAGAGCCUUGUUUAACCACAGUCCCGUGAUGAAUGCUGCUGGAGGCAUUCUUGGAUUGGUAGUUAGCCUGCUCGUAGAAACACUUAUUUUCAUAAUUAGAAGUUCUGGUCAAGAUCUUAGAUCAUCUUCUUCCACACCCAAGCUCAAGAAGAAUCAGUGA